AUGUAUUAUCCCCCCGCUCGGAACCCAGGAACAAAAUCCCAAAUCACCGACCAUGCCCAAAACCUCCAUCUUUCCUUGGCAAAAAACAACAACAACAACAUUGACAAAAAAAAGCUCGACUCUGCAUUCCAAUGCAUGCCAUGCACCAGCAAGCCCAAUAGCUAA